CCGGAAGUAGGAGAAGGAAGUGGGGGAGCGCGCGAAACGAACAGCAGCUGCAGCGAUUGCUGUCAGCCAGUGAGGAUGACCAGUGCCAGCUCUAGUGUGUCAUACCAGACGAGGAGAAGAACCCAAGCAGGAGCAGCGAGGGGCUCGCGGGUCGACCGCAGACGCACUCGAGUUGGCCUGCUCUCAUACCUGGGGGACAGUGGAGACGAGUCAGAUUCCCACAGCUCCAGCUCGGAGAAUGACUGCUAUACCGAGGGCAGUGAGGAAGAUGCCCAAGGUGUAACGGCAGCUGGAGACAGCGUCCCCGCACAAGGCGACAGUGACGAGGAGCAGGGAGUCUCACAAAGCUGCCGAGCCCGGCGCAAGAGGGCAUGCUCCACAGUACUUGUGGACAGCUCGAGCGACUCCAGCAGUGACGUGGGUGGCCAGCCACUCAGGAAAGUGCUGCCGAAAAAGCGGUUAAGCCUCCAGCUCCUUAUGUCCGACUCUGACACUGAGGCAGGAGAGAGGCAGCUGAAGGAGGAGAGUAGCGAGGCUGCCAGGAAGAAGGAGAGGCACAGGAGGCUUGAGGAGCUGGCAGAGAGAAAGAAAUCCGGGGCAUCCAGGUCCAGGCGCAGCAGGCUUGAGGACUCAGAGAAAGAAAAUGGAAAGGAGCAAAGUGACAGCAAAGAUGAGGCCCUCCGCGUGAGGGGAGAACAGCAGGAAGAUAAGGAAGAUGCCGCAGUAGCGCUGCCAUGCAGCAGCGAGGAGGAUGAAGAUGAAGAUGCCUGUGUAACAGUGGCUCACAGCAGCGAGGAGGAGGACAGCGACAGUAUGAGGGACUUCAUUGUAGACGAUGAGGAGCAGAGUAGUGGGGAAGAAAGUAAAGUGUCAGUAACAUCCCUCCUGUCCCACCAUCUCCCUCACAUGGUUACUGGGUCCCAAAAAAAGCACUUCCAGGCGGUGGUUAAGGCCUUGCUCAUCAAUGUCCUGGACCCAACAUUCCUCAAGUCACUGUAUGAUGGCAUUCGUACAAAGCGAUAUGCCUUACAGAUGAAGGACUCCCUGUACCAUCUAGAUCACCACUAUGUGUUGCCACACCUGGAGAACCUGAAGGGGAGGAGUCGCUGGAGUGAGCGAUACAAGGAGCGGGUAGACUGCUACCCCAAUGUGCGCAUCUUAAAGACGGGUGGGCGGGACCGCAUGUGUGAGGCAUGCGAGCUCCACCGAUCCAUACGCUUCCACGUGCGCCUCUCUGGUCAGCUGUAUGACUUCAGGACUCUGCAGGAUGACACAUUUCUGCCCAACGACAUACAGGUGUUCCGGGUGGGUAGUGUUUGUGCCCACCGUACAGAGGUCUACCACCAGCUCAAACACUUCAAGUACCACCUGUACUGCCGUUGCCGGGAAGUGUUGAAGCAGGAAGAGGCAUGCUGUGGCCAGGAACAGGAGGAGUCUGUGAAGGAGGUAGUCAACAGGGUGUUUGCCAGACUGCAGGACCGAGGCUGGAUCACUGAGCAAUACAAGAGGUUCGAGGAGCAGCAGCACGCAGCCAUUUACUUCCAGGAUGAAAAACUCAAUUGAACACACAGCUUCUAAUGUGCUUCUUCAUAUCUUCAUUUUUCCACAACAUUUUUUUUAUUUUAAUUGGUUUUUUAAUGAAGAUUUUACUUUUCACAAGUUUCUGGUGUAAUUCAUACACUUUGUUGUAAAUUUUUAUAUCAUGGUACAUGUACAGCUCUCAAGAUGGGAGACAAAUGGCUCUGUCACACUUCUCACGUUGUGUGGUUUUAUCCACAAAAACUGUACAGUUUAAGAAAAUAUUAACCAGAUCUAUAUAUGAAUAUUAAUCUCAUAGAGAUUUUGUUUUGUUAUGUAUUUAAUGUGUAUAAACAAUAUGCAGCACAGUUACUAUUUAGAUGGUGUCAAGUACAAAUCAACAUUAGUGCUCAGCUCAACUUAAAUACGUUUUAAGAAAAUAAAUGACAACUUUGUAAUUAUCUGUUCAUGUUGGGUUUCAUUGCACUCAAUCAUUUUUUCAGUACUCUUCCCAAGGCUUGGCAAUCACUCUUACUCUUGAAGCAUGAAGCUGAACAAGUAGAGUUUGUUAAACAACUGUAUAAACUGUAUUUACAGUGGUGGUACAGGUUACAGUGUUGUAGUGAUGGUUGGCAAUGGUUAUUCCCAUAACACUUAAAUAAAAGCAUUUUUAAUUGUUUCACCUGUUGUUGAAUGCCACUGAGUCCACUCUUGUUGACCAUAUAUAGACAGGAGAUGCAUCACUAAACCCACAGGACACAUUUAACUUGAAAGGUACAAAAAAGUGUGAAUGUGUGUUUUUAUAUUUUAUGAUUAUAAAAGGUGCUUGAAGGUAAUACUGUAUUGACACAUAUUUUACAGUACAGGGCUGUAUGUGUUUCUUGUUGCCUGCUGUUACCACUUUG